GACGUCAGUCGUUGUGUUUAUCUUUGAUUGCUCACCGCAUCCGUGUAAAAAUGCUUUUUUCAAUAAGUGUGUUAUCAAUGAAAAACAUACAUUUUAUUGAUGUUCCCGCGUAUUAUAAACAACAUGUGAUAGCAUGCAGUGGACAUUUGUGAAAUCACGUCGAAAGAAACCAACAAAAGUGAUAUUUUAGUGAAACAUUUUCACUCCCCCACGGCCAUAGAAACAAACGAAGUUUCCUUAUGUUAACGAUACUAUAUUUAUAUUACUAUGGCUCUCAGUGUGGGUGUAUGUGAUGUGAGAAAAUAGUCUUCAAUUAAGCAGCGUUUCACUGCAAAUGUUACUGCUUUCGAAGACUGAAACUACGACUACUCUCUGGGUUUUUUCACCAUAUUAAUAGGGGAAAUAGGCCACAAUACAAUUGUCAUCCGUUGAAAGACAAAAAGUUGCAAGAUUUCAUGAGAAAUUUGGCUCAAACCAUCAAGAAACCCAACCCUACUACUACCGAGCCUAGUCCGAAUCGUUGCCUCCAAAAACAUAAUCACCAUGGAGAAGCCAAUAGAAAACGCCAUUCGUGAUGGCCUAGCGGCGGAAUUGGCCCCUAUGCACCUGGAGAUCAUUAACGAAUCAUACAUGCACAACGUGCCGAAAGGAGCCGAAACUCACUUCAAAGUAUUGGUGGUAUCGGAACAGUUCGAUGGACUUCCGUUGAUAAAGCGCCAUCGUAGGGUUAAUGAAAUUGUGAAGCAAAAAUUGGAAGGAAACUUUGUGCAUGCGCUAUCGAUAGAAGCAAAAACCCCAUCGCAAUGGAAUGACACCUAUAAAGUGGAACCAAGUCCGAAUUGUCGCGGUGGAUUUGGAAAAUGAACGUUCGGAUAAAUAGAUAGUAAUAAUUAAACAGUUAA